AUGAUGGAACGUUUAGAGAACUGUCAGUUUGACCUUGCGUCAAGAAUAGAAAAGUCAAAAGUCAAUUUCUUAAAAAGUUCUAACGUUCGGUUGAGCAAGGAGUUUUUAGAAGGAAAGUUGGAACUACUUGAAGGUUUGUGGAAUGAAUUUCUGUCGGGUCAUAGGGAAUUGUUGCGCACUACGGAACCUAAAGUGUUAUCCGAGUCUAGGUAUAUGCGAGGCGAUACUUAUGACAAAACAGAAGAUUUCUAUAUUGAUUAUAAAUGUAAAUUGAAAGGAGCUUUAUCUAAAUUCGUUAUAAUCCCAAGUUUUUCCAACACCGAUUCUAACCAGCCCACUCUACAGGCGCCUAAUGUAAAACUGCCAAAAGUGAAUAUUCCGAUCUUCUCAGGAAAGUACUCGGAAUGGAACACCUUCCGAGACUUAUUCCAGUCUUUGAUACAUACGAACAAGACACUAGGAAAUGCUCAAAAGUUAUUGUAUUUAAAGGGGUACUUACAAGGUGAAGCCGAGCAACUUUUAUGUAACAUUCCGAUUACAGACAGUAAUUACGAUUAUUGUUGGGGUUUGUUAGACGAGAGGUAUAACAACAAACGAUAUAUCUGUCAUCAUAUUUUGAAGAGACUGCUAAGCCAGAAAAAUGUAACUUGUGAGUCGGCUAGUGGGUUGAAAGGUCUGAUGGACACCACAAAUGAUUGUUUGUCCGCUCUGUCUAAUAUUGGCAUAGAUACGAGUACCUGGGACGUACUGGUAAUCCAUAUAAUAAUGCUGAAGUUGGACCCUGAAUCAAAAAGGCAGUGGGAAUUUAGCGUCGCGGAUAAUAACUCUACCGAGCUACCAAAUUAUGAUCAGUUCGAACAGUUUCUUAAAAACCGUUACCGCGCCCUUGAGUUUUUGACUUCAGAGUCCAAACCGAUGCCUAAUAAAACCUUACCUGUUUUCAAAAUGAAAACCAUGCACGUUGCCACGUUAGUCUGUCCCUUUUGUAAGAAGGAGCACAAAUUGAGCACGUGUAAGGCGUUUAGGGAUACGUCAGUAAAAUUACGUCGCGAAUUUGUUGCAUCUCAUAAUGUUUGCUUUUGUUGUCUCGGAAACAAUCACUCUGCCAAAUUCUGCCACAGCAAAUACAAGUGUCGCAUAUGCAAGAGGAAGCACCACGCUCUGCUGCAUCCUACGAACAAGAUUGCUGCUCAGGAACCCCAAAACGGGGAGGUUACUACGGCUGAUACCAAGAAAGUUGGUGCUGUUAUUUCCUGCACGUCUACAAGAAGCACUGUGGAUUGUAGCCAGGUAUUGCUAGCGACGGCACUUGUAGAUACUGUGUCUAAAUAUGGCCAAACCUAUACUAUUCGUUCUCUGUUGGAUCAAGGGUCCCAAUCCUCUUUUAUUACAGAGGCCAUGGUUGAAUUAUUGGGUUUGAAGAAGAUUCCAGCUAAAGGGCAAAUAGUAGGAGUAGGUGACACGAACGGGCUCACGACAAAGUCGAUGGUUGAAAUAAAAAUAGCAUCACGGGUUGAUCCAAACUUUAUUAUCACAGUGAAAGCUUACGUUCUAGAAUCCAUCACAUCUCUUUUGCCUAACCGAAAAAUAAGAGCGGAGGAAUGGAAGGAGCUUGAGAACAUUGUCCUCGCGGAUCCGAGCUAUUAUACUUCUAACAGUGUGGAUUUGUUGUUGGGGUCAGAAGUAUAUAGCCGGGUAAUUCAAAACGGAGUCAUCAAGGGACCGCUUGGUUCACCACUUGCUCAGUGUUCGUCAUUGGGGUGGAUUUUGUCUGGUGUCGUUCACACGACCACGAAGCCCUCUGAAACAAUAAAUGUGAUGCAUUGUAGCGUGGAGGAUAAUCAGCUUCUAAGGAAGUUUAGGAAGCUAGAAGAUGACAUUCCAUUGCCAAAGAAGGGAACGUGUACAAAAAAUGAAGAGACUUGCGAAGAAUACUUUACCAAAACUUCUCGUACAGAUGACACUGGUCGACACAUUGUGCGUCGUCUUCCGUUGAAAGAUGAAGAUCCCGAUGAGAAGAAUUCCCGGCAAACACCUGAGAAAAGAACGUAUUCAUUAGAACGAAGACUGAAGAACGGCGAUCUGAAACAAAAAUACACAGAGGUUACUGGUGAAUAUGUUGACAUGAAUUUGGAUCUCGGUGAAGAUUCUUCAACGGCGGCUGAGAAGAUACUGUCAGACUUUCAUGUGGACGAUCUCAUGAUGGGUUGCGGAACUAUCGAUCAAGGGAGUCAACUUUACAGAGAAAUGAAUAUGAUGUUAACCAAAGAAGGAUUUGAAUUGCAAAAGUGGACUACUAACAAUGAAGAUUUGGUAAAGACAAUGAAAGAAGAUGGUAAAGUAAGUCUACGGAAAGGAAACGAAGAAGGGCUGAAAAGGAAAGCUGAUAAAAUAAUAAAAAGUGGUGGUAUUACUUGGAACCGAAGUGAAGAUGUAUACCGCUACAAGGUCGACGUGCAGACCUACGGAGAUCCUGAAACAAAAAGGAAGGGUAAAAUAAAAAAAGGAUACGCUUGAGAAACGCGACGGGUAUUCAACAACAGUAGAGAUACAGAAGGCUAUGGGUUGUAUUGCAUGCCAAUCUGAGAACUUUAGUGCUGAUGUUGAAAGGUAAAACGAAAAUUGAUACUUACCCAUCGUAGUUUUCUCCGGUUCUUGAAUCCUUUUCCCGUUGUAAACAACAUGUUGCGAUUUGGUUGGAGACUUGUAAGAAUCACAGCUUCAUGAACGUCGUAAGGGAAAGAAAGAAGUGGACUACCUAUGCAAAUUCCUCAACCUAACAGUUGAUGGUUUAGUUGUCAUAAAGGAGGACAACUAGCUACGGGUCUUGGCUCAGUGGCAGGGUGAUUGUGGUCCAUCCCGGUAACGACGAUGAUAGAGUUGUUAGUUUCAAGAUUUUAAGUUUAUUGAAAGUGUUUUUAUUAUUUUACGGUACAAUGGUUUUUAUAUGGUUUAUUUUAUGUUUAUUGUUGAUGUGUACCGUAACAUUUUUCAUGGUGGGCGAUGCAUUCGCAUUAAGUUUCAUUGGGUUUGUUUCAAUUUUCCUGUUGUUAAGGACCUUGGACGGUCCUUGGUGGGCGAUAUGUAUAAACCUUCCAUGAAACUUGUUUGUAUUAUUUGCCGAGAGAUGUCACUGCUCUUUGAGACGCGUAAAGCUGUACCGCGGUGUCCAGAUUUUUUUCCCUGGCUUUAUAUACCUGGAGUAUUUUGACAUCUGUGAA